AUGGACACCGAAAAGAUUAUGGCGUGUCUGAACACUGAGCUGCACAAACGGAUCGUUGGCCGUGGUGCUGAGGAGCUUAUCACAAGAAUCAGACAUUCUGCCACCCUCGUCGCGCAACUGCCGCCAUACUUGCAACGCGCCGCACGCGAUGCUUACGCGGGGAGCUUGCGCUCCGUGUUCAUUGCAGCAGCGUGCUGUGCUCGACGUUUACCGCUACUUCAUCCGCUUCCCCAGCACACCUGCAACGCCUCGCUGCCGCGCACACCGCUACCCAUCGCGGAGGACGUUGAGUGGGAGAGCAAGGACGACACGCUCUACGUCGCGCACAGCCGCCGGCUGUCUGCGUACGAAGCCGGUGUGGCCGCAGCGCUGGCGACGCCUAUCGAUCUCGAUGACCCGCAGGCGAAUAUCUGUGGACCCGCAAAGGGGGUGGUGCGGGACGAGGAGGAAAGACAGGGUAGCUGA